UGACGCUUGGAAGCAGCUGUGUGCAGAGUAGAGCAGGCAGAGCGCAGUGCGCCCGGGGAGAGCGGAGAACACCGCGCAGCCUCCAGCCUCAGCAACAGCUCCAACCCAGGCACCAGCACCGAGCAGCACACCGGAGCCGGCAUGGCUGACCCCGCGGGCCCCGAAGAGGUCGAGGACACCACCAUCCGCUUCGCCAGGAAGGGCGCCCUCCGCCAGAAGAACGUGCACGAAGUCAAGGACCACAAGUUCACUGCGCGCUUCUUCAAGCAGCCGACCUUCUGCAGCCACUGCACCGACUUCAUCUGGGGUUUCGGAAAGCAGGGAUUCCAGUGUCAAGUUUGCUGUUUUGUGGUGCACAAACGCUGCCAUGAAUUUGUCACGUUCUCCUGUCCUGGUGCCGACAAGGGACCUGCAUCUGACGACCCCAGAAGUAAGCACAAGUUUAAGAUCCACACGUAUUCCAGCCCGACGUUCUGCGACCACUGCGGCUCGCUGCUCUACGGCCUCAUUCACCAAGGGAUGAAGUGUGAAACAUGCAUGAUGAAUGUACACAAACGCUGUGUAAUGAACGUGCCGAGCCUCUGCGGGACGGAUCACACCGAACGCCGUGGAAGAAUUAAUAUCAAAGCGGAUAUCAACAAGGAGGUGCUGACAGUGUGGGUGGGAGAAGCAAGAAAUCUGGUUCCUAUGGACCCUAAUGGACUUUCUGAUCCGUACGUCAAAUUGAAGCUCAUCCCUGACCCCAAGGGAGAAAGCAAGCAGAAGACGAAGACCAUCAAGUGUUCCCUCAACCCUACAUUCAACGAGAGCUUUAAAUUUAACUUGAAGGAUUCGGACAAGGAUCGCAGGUUAUCGGUGGAGAUGUGGGACUGGGACCUCACCAGCAGAAAUGACUUCAUGGGUUCAUUGUCAUUUGGCAUUUCCGAGCUCCAGAAGGCUAGCGUGGAUGGCUGGUUCAAGCUGCUCAGCCAAGAAGAAGGCGAAUAUUUCAAUGUGCCUGUGCCACCCGAGGGGGAGGAAGGAAAUGAAGAGCUCCGACAAAAGUUCGAGAGAGCCAAAAUUGGUCCAAGCAACCGAGCAGCGGAAGAGAAAGCGUUAAAUCCAGUGGCCAAAAUUGAUAGCAAUGGGAACAGAGACCGGGUGAAAGUCUCCGAUUUUAACUUUUUGAAGGUGCUGGGAAAAGGAAGCUUCGGGAAAGUUAUCCUGGCGGAAAGGAAGGGGACCGACGAGCUGUAUGCAAUAAAGAUCCUGAAGAAAGAUGUGGUGAUUCAGGACGAUGAUGUUGAAUGCACAAUGGUGGAGAAGAGGGUGCUGGCCCUCGGCGGGAAGCCUCCGUUCCUCACGCAGCUGCACUCGUGCUUCCAGACGAUGGAUCGCCUCUAUUUUGUGAUGGAAUUUGUCAACGGAGGGGACCUCAUGUACCAGAUCCAACAAGUUGGAAGAUUUAAGGAACCACACGCAGUAUUCUAUGCAGCAGAAAUAGCCGUUGGGCUUCUGUUCCUACACACUAAAGGCAUUGUGUACCGGGACCUGAAGUUGGAUAAUGUGAUGCUCGACUCAGAAGGACACAUCAAGAUCGCAGACUUUGGCAUGUGUAAAGAGAACAUGUGGGACGGGAUAACAACAAAAACCUUCUGCGGUACCCCGGACUACAUAGCUCCAGAGAUCAUCGCCUACCAACCAUAUGCAAGGUCCGUGGACUGGUGGGCCUUCGGUAUCCUCCUCUACGAGAUGCUGGCCGGACAGGCUCCAUUUGAAGGUGAAGAUGAGGAUGAACUCUUCCAGUCCAUCAUGGAGCACAAUGUAGCGUAUCCCAAGUCUAUGUCCAAGGAAGCUGUGGCUAUAUGCAAAGGGCUUAUGACCAAGCACCCCGCCAAGCGGCUUGGCUGUGGACCAGAAGGGGAACGAGACAUUAAAGACCAUGCUUUCUUCCGAUACAUAGACUGGGAGAAACUGGAAAGAAAGGAGGUGCAACCUCCAUAUAAGCCAAAGGCGAGGGACAAGAGGGACACCUCUAACUUUGACAAGGAGUUCACCCGUCAGCCCGUAGAUCUGACGCCCACAGACAAACUCUUUAUCAUGAACCUGGAUCAGAAUGAGUUUGCCGGAUUUUCCUACACAAACCCGGAGUUUGUGAUCACUGUGUAGCACCAGGAGAAACAUCUAACAGGAACCUUCAGACCCAACUAUGAUCUGGUGGGCAGGGUCUGACCCUUGAUGCCAGUACAGGGCUCUCAAGAAUUUCCUUGGGCUAACAUUACCCUUUCUCUAUAUGCAAUUAAGGUUACCCUGGACCAGACCCAGACACCCGGCAGCUAUGAUGUCCAAAAAUAUAAAUAUAUAUAUAUACGGUUACAGAAUGUGGAUCCUUAACAUAUGGCUCUUGAAUAUCAAGCAGAUGUCUAGACAUGAUGUCAAGUCUCUUUGUAAUUCUAAACACAAAUGUAGCAGAGCUGGGUUGCUGUGGCACAGCGCAUUGGGUAGUGUGUUGUGUGGGUUUUCUAUGGGUGAGUGUCCACACUGGUCCAACCAUUAUUUAUGUUAUACAGUCCCAAACCCUACCUGGAUAUACAAUGAUAAAAGGAGGCGAUUGUUUUCCUAUACAGUGUCUGUCCCAAGUUCCCCGGUGACUCCACAGAUUGCACAUGAUUUACAAUUCUCCUUAUUCCUCCAUUGUUUUAUGUGUUCCUCCUGAAGCUUCAUGAUUUCUAAUACACAUUCUCCUGUGUGCAAGGGACCUUAAAAAGUCAGUAAAGAUUUAAAGG